AUGUGGCUGGUGCGUUUGAAAGUGAAGGUGAGCAGGACAGGAUGUCACAGGGCAGGACAAGGCAGGUCAGGAUGUCACAGGGCAGGGCAAGGCAGGUCAGGAUGUCACGGGGCAGGACAAGGCAGGUCAGGAUGUCACAGGGCAGGUCAGGAUGUCACAGGGCAGGGCAAGGCAGGUCAGGAUGUCACAGGGCAGGGCAAGGCAGGUCAGGAUGUCACAGGGCAGGACAAGGCAGGUCAGGAUGUCACAGGGCAGGACAAGGCAGGUCAGGAUGUCACGGGGCAGGACAAGGCAGGUCAGGAUGUCACAGGGCAUGACAAGGCAGGUCAGGAUGUCACAGGGCAGCGCAAGGCAGGUCAGGAUGUCACGGGGCAGGACAAGGCACAGGAUGUCACGGGCAGGGCAGCAGGUCAGGAUGUCACGGGCAGGCAAGGCAUCAGGAUGUCACAGGGCAGGCAAGGCAGUCAGGAUGUCACACAGGCAAGGCAGUCAGGAUGUCACAGGGCAGCGCAAGGCAGGUCAGGAUGUCACAGGGCAGCGCAAGGCAGGUCAGGAUGUCACAGGCAGCGCAAGGCACAGGAUGUCACAGGCAGGGGCAAGGCAGGUCAGGAUGUCACAGGGCAUGACAAGGCAGGUCAGGAUGUCACAGGGCAGCGCAAGGCAGGUCAGGAUGUCACGGGGCAGGACAAGGCAGGUCAGGAUGUCACAGGGCAGGGCAAGGCAGGUCAGGAUGUCACGGCAGGACAAGGCAGGAUGUCACAGGGCAGCGCAAGCAGUCAGGAUGUCACGGGGCAGGACAAGGGCAGGUCAGGAUGUCAGGACACAGGCAGUCAGAUGUCACGGGCAGCCAAGGCAGUCAGGAUGUCACAGGGCAGCGCAAGGCAGGUCAGGAUGUCACACAGGCAGGCAAGGCAGGUCAGGAUGUCACAGGCAGGGCAAGAGGUCAACAGGCAGGGGACAGGUCAGGAUGUCACGGGCAGGACAAGACAGGUCAGGGAUGUCACGGGCAGGACAAGGCAGGUCAGGAUGUCAGGGCAGGACAAGCAGGUGAGGAUGUCACAGGGCAGGACAAGGCAGGUCAGGAGUCACGGGCAGGACAAGGCAGGUCAGGAUGUCACAGGGCAGGCAAGGCAGGUCAGGAUGUCACAGGCAGGGCAGGCAGGUCAGGAUGUCACAGGGCAGGGCAAGGCAGGUCAGGAUGUCACAGGGCAGGACAAGGCAGGUCAGGAUGUCACAGGGCAGGACAGGCAGUGGAUGAAUUCCAGUACCGCAGUGAAAGCACAGAAGGAGGCUGUGCUCUAUCAGUUCUUCGUGUGGAUGAAUCCCUCAGUCACUUGCUGUGUCUCACGCGCAUGGUAA